CUCUCCGCCUUCAGCCCCGCCCGCCCUUCUCUCUGCGCCCGCAGAAUACCCCGCACGACCUCCGUAGGCCCCUCCACGUCUCCAGCGUACUCGCCGCAAAAAAGAGAAACGCCAUGCCUCCCAAAAAAGCCCCCGCUCCGGAGAAGAAGACCCUCCUCGGCAGGCCAGGGAACAACCUCAAGAUCGGUAUCGUAGGACUCCCGAACGUAGGAAAGUCUUCCUUCUUCAACGUCCUUUCCAAGACCGAUCUUGGAAAGGCUGCCAACUUCCCAUAUGCCACUAUCAACCCCGAGGAAGCGCGUAUCCCUGUACCCGAUGCUCGCUUCGACUGGCUAUGCGACCUCUACAAGCCCGCGUCCCGCGUCCCCGCCCAUUUGACCUGCAUCGAUAUCGCCGGUCUCACCGCUGGUGCCUCAACAGGCGCAGGCCUCGGAAACGCCUUCCUCUCCCACGUCCGCGCCGUCGACGGCAUCUUCCAGGUCGUCCGCGCCUUCGACGACGCCGAGGUCAUCCACGUCGAGGGCGACGUCGACCCCUGCCGCGACAUGGACAUCAUCUCCACCGAGCUCCGCCUCAAGGACAUCGAGUGGGUCGAGAAGCACCUCGACGGCCUCAAGAAGACCGGCCGCGCCCUCGGCAACACCUCCCUCGCCGACAAGGCGCGCAAGGAAGAGAUCGCGACCGUCGAGAAGAUCUACAACGCGCUCACCAAGGAGAACAAGGACGUGCGCAAGGUCGAAUGGGUUGGCAAAGAGGUUGACGUCGUGAACAGCCUCCAGCUCCUCACCGCCAAGCCCGUCACGUACCUCGUGAACCUCUCCGAGCGCGACUACGUGCGCAAGAAGAACAAGUGGCUCCCCAAGAUCAAGGCGUGGAUCGACGAGCACAACCCCGGCGACCCGCUCAUCCCCUUCUCCGUCGCGCUCGAGGAGCGCCUCGCGCAGCUCCCCGACGACGAGCGCGCCGAGGAGGAGAAGAAGGCCGGCGCGAACAGCGCGCUGCCCAAGAUCACCACCGCCGGCUACGCGUCGCUCGACCUCAUCCGCUACUUCACGUGCGGGCCCGACGAGGUGCGCGCGUGGACGAUCCGGCGGGGCACGAAGGCGCCGCAGGCUGCCGGGGUCAUCCACUCCGACUUCGAGAACAAGUUCGUCUGCGGCGAGAUCAUGAGCUUCGACGACCUCAAGGAGUACGGGAGCGAGACGGCCGUCAAGGCCGCCGGCAAGCUUAAGCAGCAGGGCAAGACCUACGAGAUGGUCGACGGCGACAUCGCAUACUGGAAAUCCGGCGCGUAGCCGCGCUCGCAGCGGGAGGGCGUGGCGUAUGCUAUCAUACCAUAGACGGCCCCCGGUGGUUUAUGUCGUCUUGUCGUGCGGGUGUAGGUUCGUGUACGGUGUGCAGUGCAGCAGUUCAACCCAAUCCAAUCCAACCAUAUAUACACAUCCAACCCCAAUGCCUACUUCACGACAUGUACAUGUAUAUGAACCAGCGUCCAGCGUCGGUUCUUUUUCGUCGUCCGUCAGAUGUCCAGCAUCCCGCACGGAGCCCUCUCGCCCACAUUGCAUUGCCCAUGACGGUCCGGCCGUCUGCGUGUGGGACCCUGCGUGCCUGUCCUUGCUGCCGUCGAUUAGAUGUAGCGGCUCCCCUCGCUCUCCUGCAUGACCUGGAUGCUGAUCUUUCUGGGCGCCGUGGCUUGUGGAAGCUGUGUGGUGGAGAGAGUCCACCGUCCGUUCCAUGAAUCAUGAGCAGUGAGACUCUGCACGCACCUGCGGCGCAUUCCAUAGGUCUAGCUUGGCGGCGAUGUGGGCUUCCACGAUGGACAUCUUGCGCUCUCCGUCGAUGACGAACUCCAUCCCUCGCUGCUGUCGCGAGUUGAGCACUGCUAGCAAAGUGUUGCCGUACAAUCUCGUCGUGAUACAGCCCAAGCUGGAAAACACAAGGGUUUGAGGCCCGGAAAGCGCGAGGCCCGUGAUGAACGCGAGGAGGUUGAAGAGGCUCGUCGCCACACCUGUGUUCAAAACGUACAGCUGUAGGACGUCGAUCCAGGACUCGGACUGCGUCCUGACGCGGAUGUCAGCCGCAAGGCACUUGCGUCCUGAAUUACUGUCAGAUCUACCGAGCAUGCCCCUUGCGCGACUGCCAAACGGAGAACAAGAGUGUCACGGUGAGUGCAGCAUCUGCGAUUCCAGCCAUCCCGAAUGCCGCAGCACUAAGAGUUGCAGCGCUCUGGGCGGAGAAGCUGGGAAGAUAUAUUGCGGCCACGGCGAAGAACGUCAAACCUAGAGGCGGUGGCUGAUAUCAGAUACGCUUUAUACUGGUAUCAAAGUUGUCAAAUACCGAGCUCGGCCAAAAGACCGAACGCGACGACCGCAAUCACGAUGCGGAAUCGGGAGGUGAUCAAGGAUACUCGACGGACAAAGAACAGUUGAGAGACGAAGGCGACCAAGCCAGUCCAUACCGGAAGAGUCAUCAACGACCAUCUUCCUCGGACGAGACUUACCGGAUUGGCAUAGUUCACUAUCAGGUAGUGAUAACAUAUGUCAAUCGUCGCGACGAAGUGAACCGUUUCCAGCACCAAGACGCAGAUGACCAGCCAUCUAAUGUAGAGAGAGUCGGUAGAGAAAGCACGGAGAUAGCGGUAGGCUUGAUGGAUAUUCAAACCAUAUAGGAAUAUGCUGAGGUAAGUGCCGAUGAGAAACGCCGCAUAGGACGCGGUCACCAGAGUCAGCAGUGCAGAAAGGGAGACCUGCUCCUCAACAAGGAUGACGGGCAUGGCGAGCGAGGGU